AUGGUUGCAAACGAUGGCUUGAAAGGUCCUGGCAAUGAAGUCAAAGUUGCUCACUCCGUUGUCAAUGGCCACCCUGAGGAACCUGCCCUGAACCCCAUCCAAGCAACGGCAGCAUAUAAGAAUAAGAAUCCAGUAGCAUAUGACCUCUCGAAACAGUAUUUCGACACCCCGAGAAGACUCAAGAUAGUGGUCGCUGGGGCAGGUUGUAGCGCUCUGGACUUAGCCCACCAGGUCGAAACAGGGGGGUUAAAAAACAUCGACCUUCAGAUUCUGGAGAAAAACGCCGGACUGGGAGGCACAUGGUACGAGAACAGAUACCCAGGAUGUGCCUGUGAUAUACCAGCUCACAACUACUUGUUCACCUGGGCCCCAAAUCCCAAUUGGUCCUCAUUUUACGUCUCUGCCCCGGAGAUUCUUGAAUACCUUGAGGAUGUUGCCGAAAAGUUUCAUCUCACUAAAUACAUCACGACCAGACGAAAGGUUAUUGGAGCAAAAUGGGUCGAAGAGAAACAAAAGUGGGAAGUGCUGAGUAGGCGAACAGAUGGACGGAGGAAUGUUAUUUCAGCAGAUGGUGUCACAUCUGGUGAAGUGGGAGAGGAUCUGAUUGAAGAGUGCGACAUCUUUAUCAACGCAAGUGGAUUUUUCAAUAACUGGCGAUGGCCUAAUACCCCCGGUCGGGAGAGCUACCAAGGCACUAUGGUCCACAGCGCUGAUUACCAGCCUUCUAUUGAUCUUCGUGGGAAGAGGGUGGCCGUCAUUGGGAACGGCAGCAGCGGGAUUCAAGUCACCGCUGCUGUUCAAAAGGUUGCUGCUCACAUGACCGUUUUCAUUCGACAUCCGACUUGGGUCACGUCGAACAUGGGUUCACGAUUCAUUCCGCCUGGAAAGAAGAAUUUUUGCUUCGACAGCGAACAGAAGAACAAAUGGAUUGAGAACCCAAAGGAAUAUCUUGAGUAUCGGAAAGAGGUCGAAAAGGAACUUAAUUUCAGGUUCCCUCUCUUUAUCCGAGACACACCACAGCAGGCCAUGGCGAAGGAAUUCACCAUCAAAGAUAUGACUUCCCGUCUAGCUGGUAAGCCAGAGCUUCAGACAACGCUUUUGCCAGACUUCGCUGUUGGAUGUCGCCGGCCGACCCCGGGCACUGGCUACCUCGAAGCUUUGUGUGCCGAUAACACCGAAUUGGUGUGGGGAGAACUCGAAUCCUUCACCAAAACUGGCAUCAAGUCUGCAGGAGAUGGAAGAGAGCGUGACUUUGAUGUGAUUAUUGCUGCUACGGGAUUUGACAUGUCGUUCGUCCCUCGUUGGCCAAUCGUGGGCAGGAACGGCGUCGAUCUUCAGAAAGAGUGGGCAAAAGAUCCGGCUUGCUAUAUGUCAGCCAUCGCCAAAGACAUGCCGAACUACUUCGUUUACCUUGGGCCGGGCUCUCCAGUUGGCCAUGGAUCCCUCAUAACAUCCAUUGAGCGCAUUACUCUAUACAUCUGCGACAUAGUCACCAAGCUCCAAAGAGAGAACUACACCUCAUUUACCUUGAAGCCUGGUAAAGUGGAAGCAUAUCAAUCCCAGAUGAUGGCGUGGCUGGAUAAGACUGUUUGGGGAGAUAGUUGUCAGAGCUCUUUCAAGAAUGGAACAGUCACUGGAGCGCUUCAUGCUUUCCAUCCUGGCUCGCGCUUGCAUUACUUUGAGUUAUUGAGACGCCAUCGAUACGAGGACUUUGAUUGGACGAGUGGAUGUCCAGAACCAGAGUUGGAUUAUGCCUGGUUCAAUAACGGUUUCCUGGGUCAUGAAUUGGAAACCGAUAUCACUGCGGACCCAACAUGGUAUCUUGAUCAGGAAGAUACAAUUCUGUCCGCAUUCCCAGGCGACGUAAAGGCUUAG